AUGUUGAAAUUAUCCAUCUUAUUUUUGGUUGCAAAAACUUUGGCUCAGCCAGUUGUUGAGACUUGGGUUUACUCAAGUUUUGAAUAUGCUCCUAAUCCAGAACCAACCUAUGCUACUAGUGUUGAUCCUAAAGCUGCUUCCGGUCAUUAUGCUGCUGGUUAUGAUAAAUUAUCUACCUUACAUGAUGCUGUUCCAACUACCACUUAUGGCAAAUGGAAACCUGAUAUGAGCAAUACUUACACUGAUUCAGAUGAUGAAUAUGGUCAAUCAGCUUGGUUUGAGAUGUGGGCAACUGCUAACAUUCAAAACUUCACUGACAGUGCUCUUUAUACUGAUACCGUUGAACCUACUGCCGUACCAACAGAAAGUUUAGUUAGACCACCACCAGAUUCAUUCAAAUUCGAUGAUUCAUUGAAGUUCCCUUCAGAUUUCAUUUUUGGAGUUGCCGGUUCAGCUGCUCAAAUUGAAGGUGCUGUUUCUGAACAUGGUAGAACCCCAUCAAUCCAAGAGUUCCUUAUUAAUGAUCAAAGACCAAGAGAUUAUAUUACUAAUGAAAACUAUUAUCUUUAUAAACAAGAUAUUGCUAGAUUAGCUGCUAUUGGUGCUGAACAUUAUUCAUUCACCAUUCCAUGGUCAAGAAUCUUACCUUUUGUUUUACCAGGUACUCCAAUUAAUAAAGAAGGUAUUGAUCAUUAUGAUGAUGUUAUCAACACUUGUAUUAGCUAUGGUAUUAAACCAAUUGUUACUUUAACCCAUUUCGAUACGCCUGCUAUGUUCUUAGGUGAUAGAAACAUGAGUACUGAUGAUGCAUACUUCUAUUACAAUGGUGGUUACGACAAUGAUACUUUUGUUGAAGCUUUUGUUAACUAUGGUAAAAUUGUUUUAACUCAUUAUGCUGAUAGAGUUCCAAUUUUCAUCGGUUUCAAUGAACCAUUCCUUUAUUCCGGUAACCCAUUAGGUAUGAAACAUGUUGUUCAAGCUACCAAACAAUUACAUUCAUUCUACCAUGAUGAAAUUAAAGGUUGUGGUAAAUUCGGUAUUAAAUUCAACGAUAAUUUCGGAGUUCCUGAAGAUCCAUCUAAUCCUGACCAUGUUGCUGCUGCUAAAAGAUUCCAAGAUAUUCAAUUGGGUUCUUAUGGUAACCCAUUAUUCUUGGGUAAAGAUUUCCCUGAUGCCUUGAAAGAAACUUUCACCAAUGAUACCAGAUAUUUAUUCACCGAUGAGGAAUUGAAAAAUGCUUCAUUUGGUGCUGAUUUCCUUGGUAUUGACCCAUACACCUACACUGUUGUUACACCACCAGAAGGAGGUAUUGAAGCCUGUCAAAGUAACACUUCUCAUCCAUUAUGGCCAUUAUGUGUUGCUGAAAGUCAAACAAGAAGUGAUGGAUGGAAGAUCGGUUAUAAAUCAGAAUCUUAUGUUUAUAUUACUCCCGUACAAUUCCGUGAAUACUUAAACUAUUUAUGGAACACUUUCAAAGCUCCAAUCAUUGCCAGUGAGUUCGGUUAUCCAGAAUGGAGAGAAUCUGAAAAAGCUUUAGGAGAUCAAGUUUAUGAUUUAGGUAGAUCAGUUUAUUACAGAUCCUUCAUGGAAGCUAUCUUACAAGCUAUUAACAUUGAUAGAGUUAAAGUUAUUGGAGCUUUAGCUUGGUCAUUUGCUGAUAAUUGGGAAUUUGGUGAUUAUAAACAACAAUUCGGUUUACAAGUAGUUAACAGAACUACUCAAGAAAGAUACUAUAAAAAGAGUUUCUUCGAUCUUGUUCAAUAUUAUCAAGAAAGAUCUUCUUAG